AUGGCAGCCACCCUCAACAUCUUCUUAGCCAUUCUUCUUUCCAUCACCAAUGGAGCCUACGGAGCAUCAUGCGGGGUAUCAGACAUCGCCGUCAGUCAGGCGAGGACCGGAAGCUUGGUGGAGGGGCAGCCGGAGUAUGAGGUGACAGUGAGCAACAAAUGCAAUUGUGCUCAGUCUAACGUGUUUGUGAACUGCUUUGGCCUCAACAGCGUCGAGCCGGUGGAUCCUCAGGCCAUCAAACCAGUGGAUGCUAACCGUUGUAUCAUCAACGAAGGCAAGCCGAUCGCUGGAGGGGCUCAAAUUAAGUUCACGUAUGCAUGGAAGACACCCCAGGACUUCCCUGUGGUUAGCUCUCAGGCUCUCUGCUAAUAAAGAUUAGCAGGCA